CAUGGGAGUGCAGAACCUUCUAGUGAUCAUCUGCUCCCUGCAGAGCUGCUGCUUCUCCUGGAGGGUUUUGCAAGAUGGCUUGCCCUGGAGACAGGCCAAUGUGUAAAACCCUGUACGGCAUCCCUUGGCCUCCCCUGGGGCUGACAUUCAGACCCAGCCCCAUGCAGCCUGCACCAGCCAACGGGGCCCUUGCUGGAGCAGGAGGGCAAGAAAGGGCCAACGGUAGGAGAAGACCCAGCAGGCGUGCCGUUGCCGGAGGGUGCAGGAGGCUGGCAGGGCUCUGACCAGGUGCCAUUGGCUCUCUCCCUUUGCAGCGUUGCUGCAGAGAUGUGGAAGAUGCUGACAUCCCAGCCCAAGACCACAGGAAAGGUCCUUAGGGAGCUGGUCAACAGGCUGCAGGAGCAGCCGCAGCGCCGGCAUCACGUCUCUCAGAGAGAGGCUGGCGUCGCCCCCUUGGCCGGCCAUGGUUUUGAUCCGUUUCCAGGAGCGUAACUGGAUUUUCAGUGAGCUCAUGGCCAUCCUCAACUGCAGGGACGAUAGGCGUUCUUCAUUCAGCUCCUCCAGUGCCCUGACCUCGGCAAUGAGCUGGAAGACGCCAUUGUGGAGGAGAUGAGCAGGCAGCUGAGAGACCCCCAACACCGUGGUGCACUGGCUGGCGCUCAAAGGCCUCCUCAACCUGGCCCUUUGCCCAGAGAAGGCUGGGCUGUAAGGACUGAGACUCAGGAGAACCCAGCCCUGUACGAGAUCCUCCAGGAGCAGGCCUGCAGGCAGAAGAUGAAGGAGCUCUUCCCUUAGCUCUACAUCGCUCUGCUUUUCCACAUCACCUACACGGUGGAGCCGUCCAUGCAGAACAUUGCUUUGCACCAGAGGGUUCAUAACCAUGAGGACACGCCCAGACUCCUCAGCUCUGUCAGGUGCACGGUGAAGGCCAUGAAAUCCUUGCUUCGAUGUGCUGGCUACGGGGACCAGGUCACCUUCAUCCUGAAGCAGGGCGGCUGGGACAUGCUCAUGAGCUCCGACACGCACAAAGGCAUCUGCCUGCUUGCCUGCUGGCUGGCUGCUGGCUGCCCAGAACUGACCACAGCACCAGCUCCCCUCCCUGGGCCCAGGACACGGCCACAUUGCCUUCCCUGCUGGGGCCAUGGUUUCGAUCCGUUUCCAAGAGCGUAACUGGAUUUUCCACAAGCUCAUGGGCAUCCUUAACUGCAGGGACGAUAGGCGGCACAUCCUGGCCAUGGCAUUCUUCAUUCAGAAGUGGUCCUGGAUCUUGCACCAGCUGAUGGCCAUCCUCGUCACCAGAGACAAAAAGUGGCACAUCCCUGCCAUGGCCUUCUUCAUUCAGCUCCUCCAGUAUCCUGACCUCAGCAAUGAGCUGGAAGAUGCCAUCCUGGACCAGAUGAGCAGGCAGCGGAGAGACCCCAAUACUGUGGUGCGCUGGUUGGCGCUCAAAGGCCUCCUCAACCUGGCCCUUCACCCAGAGAAGGCUCUGCACAACCACUAUUCGCGGAGCCUGGACACCAUCCUCAGGGGCCGGUUGACAGAGACCCCCACCAUGGACAAGCUGCAGCACCUCCUGGAGCACGUCCAUCCCUCUCUCCAGUCGAAAAACACCCAGGAGAGAGCCAGGGCCGUACAGACCAGCACUGCCCUGCUCAAAUUCGCCACCUCCCUGCCUGUAUUUGACACCUCCUCCGCCUUCUCCAAGGCAGGCGAAUUCGUGCUGCAGCUGGGUCUCUAUAUAUCUCACCCAGCCGAUGAUAUCAGCCGGCAAGCCAGGGGUGGGAUAUGUUGGCUUCACUGGCUCCUGCUUCAGAAGAGGGGGCUCAACACCAGCGAGGCACCAGAGCUGUGGUUCCGGGUUGGGCUCCACGAUCCCAAGCAUCCGGGGUACAGAAACCUGGCCAGGGUGGGAGAGGUCUUUGGCGAGCUGUUCAUGGAGGACCAGAAAAUAUCUUUCCUCCAGGCGGGGCUGCUGGCCAUCCACCUCUCCCUGCUCUAUGUCAUCCAGCUGCUAGAGGACGAGGGGGACAUUACAGCCAACAUCAUGGUACAACUAUUUAACAUCAGGUGCUUGCGCCAGGUCCCCAAAGCCCUGCAGGGGCUGUGCUCUGUGGGGCAGCACUGAAGACCCCCACCCCGCCUUCGCAUGACCAGCUCCCACCCCCUGCCGCAGUUUCUGUACCUCUGGCUGCAACCUACAGACCUUUGCACGCAGGAUCAGAGGGAUGUGUGCUGGGUAGAGCCCAGUCACUGGAGCCGCCAGCUGCCCCCGCUCCGCUAAAAGCCAGCCUCCCUCCUUUGGGGCUUCGUGCACCACAGCCUGCCUGAGCAGGGUGAAACACUUGGUGACUAUGGGGGGAGGCUCUUCCCACCACCCCAGACCCUGGCUUCUUCCCCAUAUGCAGUGUCAUCAAGACAACAUAAGGGCAGAACAAGGAAACUCUGUGAUACAGCCUUCAACCAAGUGUCCCUGAAUGAUGAAAUUAUUGAAAGGCCCUGGCUCAUAUACUCACCAUCACCUGGCUGUGUCUUCUGUCAGCUCCUGUGCGCCAGAGAGCUCCCACAGCUCACACUGAACCAGGGACGAAGGGGGCAGGAGGUUGGAAGAGAAGGCACCAGCCUGGGACCCAGGAGACCCAUGGCCAUUUCCCAGCUCUGCCACAGAUGUUCUGCGUGGCCUCGG